AAUAAAAAAAAAAAACUAAAAUAACCUAACGACGAGCACCGAAUAGCACCAAUUUCUCUCUAUUUUUCAGUUUAACGGUCCCUUUUUUUUAACAAAUAAUUAAAUAUUUUUAAGCUGGCGAAAGAAAAACUGAAAAACUGCAGACUGCAUGUGUUCACUAAUUCACCCAAACAAACCCCAACAAACUCCCAAGCUUUUCUCGAAUGGCGGAAAUAGUCAUCUCCUUCUCCUCCCUCGCCUUCCUCCUCGUCCUCCUCGCCCUCCUCGCCCUCCUCUACCUCAUCGUCCGCCCCCGGCCCGUCCGGAUCCCAAUCGCCGGCCGCCACGUCCUCAUCACCGGCGGCUCCAGCGGCAUCGGCCUCGCCCUCGCCCACCUCUUCGCCCGCCGCGGCGCCGCCGUCUCAAUCCUCGCCCGAGAUUCCUCCCGGCUCGAGGACGCCCGGCAAUCAAUCAAGCUCGCCACGGGCCUCGAUGUCCGGGUCUUUAGCGCCGACGUCAGGGACUACGGCGCCGUGGCCCAGGCCGUGGAGGAGGCCGGCCCGAUCGACGUCCUGGUGUGCAACCACGGUGUUUUCUCGGCGGAGGAGGUGGCGGCGCAGGGGGUGGAGGAGAUUCGGUUCAUGGUGGAGGUGAAUCUGAUGGGCACUUUUCACAUGAUUAAGGCGGCUCUACCCGGGAUGAGGGAAAAUCGGGCCGCCAGGGGCCCGGGCUCGAUUGCUAUCAUGUCUUCUCAGGCGGGUCAGGUUGGGAUUUAUGGUUAUUCGGCUUAUUCAGCCAGCAAGUUUGGGCUGAGGGGUUUAGCAGAAGCACUACAACAGGAAGUUAUAGCAGACGACAUUCACGUCUCCCUCAUCUUCCCUCCAGACACCGAAACUCCCGGUCAUCUUGAAGAGACGAAAAGAAGGCCGGAGCUGACGACCAUAAUAGCGGCCUCGUCUGGAGCAAUGAAAGCAGAUAAAGUUGCAGAGAAGUCUCUGAAGGGGAUUGAGUCGGGUUCUUUUUUUGUGCCGUGCAAUUCAGAGGGCUACCUGCUCUCGUUUGCCACCGCUGGCUUAUCUCCUCAGAGAUCGUUUCUAAUGGCGUUUGUUGAGGUCAUGGCUGUUGGUGUUUUGCGCCUCGUGGGCUUGUUUCUACAGUGCAGUUGGUACAAAAGGAUUCAAAAAUGGCAUCUGAUUAAUAAGACUCAUUAAUAUGGCCUGGCCUCUCUCUGUAUGCAAGCCACUAUCCUUUAUCUUAUUAUUUCACGUUAUUUUUUUAGUAAGGGGAAGUUUUGAAGCUGGAGCAAGAGGCCAUGGGCAUCUGAAAGACCUCUUAGUGCAGUUCCAAUUCUUUUUAUUUGGCCCGUCUAACCGUUAAGCUGCCUCACACGAGAAGUUUUGUUUUUAUUUUCUCAAUAAGGUUGCUGUUACUGUUAGGUAGGUCAUGGUUAGACAUUUGAUAGAACAUGCAUGAAUUUUCAUAGAAUAAAAUAAAAAGUAUAGAGAAUUGACUCCUGUUAGGUUGUCUUCCACAAGAUUGAUGAAUUUUUCUUCUUCUUAUUUUUUUAUGAGUGAAUGGGAGCCUUCUAGUAUUGCAAUUUUGGAUGAGUUUGAUAGGGCGGGGUGGAUGUUGUAAUAAGCCAUAGAUGGUAGUUAUGUAAUUUUCUUCUUGUAUCAACUUGUUUUUUGUUGCAAUGUAUUUGUUAGUGAGUGUUCUUUGGAAUAAAAUUGUAAGAAGAUUCUUUUGUUCUGCUAAUUCGGUACCAUGCGAUGAGAUUGAUUAGUG